AUUAAAUUAUUACUAAGUUAUUUAGUAAAUCUGAAUGAAAGAGAACGAGUAUUCGGCUUUGCUUUGAAACUUUUGAAAAUAAAUCGACAUAAAUUUUUUACAUGUUUUACAAGGCUGGAUUUGAAUAUUUUUUUUAAGAGAUGGUAAAGAGAAGUUUUAACAACAUGGAAGACAAAACAGAUAUGUUCAAGUUAGCUACGGAUUUUUAGCAUGGGAUUACAGUGCAGCAGACAAGGUUAUAUAAAAGAAUUUGAAUGUUACGGUGAUAAAAGGCUAGCUCCUGAGGGGGAAUGCCAUUUAUCCAAAGACAAUAGCAUUAUUCAUUCAAAACUGCCAUUUUCAUCGCCCGUCUUGUCGCACGAAAUGACCUCUUCAAGAAAACAAGCAACGUACAAUAAAGAAAUUCGAGAAAGUUUUAUAAUUGGAGAAGAAAAUAAUAAAUACCAAGAGACGAAAUUUGUUGAUCUACCUCCAGAGUGUUCAACAGAAAAAUAUACCGGCGAUGACUACUUAAAAUCUUACUAUGUUGAUCUACCAGCUGAAGAAGAAAAGGUUCCGUUUAGUCGAAGUGAUGUAACUUCUUCUGAUGAUGACGAUUGUUGUAGUCCUAUGUAUGGACAAUCUCGAGAACAUGUAUCGCCAAGUUCGCCGAAUGAUAAAAAGCGAAUGGAACAAAAAGAAAAUUUGCAGGAAUUAAAGGAACUUGUCGAAUCUAUUUGUUCUGUCAUUGGUAUACCAAUGCAUAAAGAUGUCAAUAGUACUGCGAUGAGUAACUUAUUAAAAGAACAGUUACGUGAAAAUCACGAAAAAGCAAAGCUAAGUUCACCCAGUAAAUAUUCAUCGUCAAGACAUUACAAAGGAAUGAUAUUUCCUCCACCAAAUUCAGAAGAAGCUGAAAAAGUUUCUUCGUACAUCGAAGAAAAGAUUAAUAGGUACAAAUUAGACUUAUGGAAAAAAGAGCUGCGGAAAGAUCCACAACUUCGGGCAGCGCAGCAAAAAUUCCUAACAAAAUCUUAUUGUCAUAAAGACAAAAAUAGGACUCGAGACGAGUGUUAUGUUGUGCCAAAACGCAGUAGUUGCAGUGUUGGUGGAGACACAAGAGCUGAGAGAACACAUACUGUGAUGUUUCAUCGACAAUCUAAAUCACAUAGUUCUUCUCCGUCAGAUUCACAAGAAGCGAUAAAUUUGUUUGGAAAUCAAAGCAAAUCUAAACCAUAUGAUAAUUAUAAAAUGCGUCUACGUCACUCGUGUUCCUGUCAUCGCAGAAGAAAGGGUAAUAUUAUUAACAUUGACAAUAACAAAAUUGACGAAGAAUCUAAUUUAUGUAAACAAAUAAAAACUGCUGCUCAAUUAUCUCAUGCAGAGGAUGAAGGAUUCUCUGAAAGACAUGAAAGCAGGACUCCUUCUAUAGCUUCGUCAAGUAGUUCCUCGUGCUCUCAAAACAGUGAUUUACAAAUUAAAAGAAAAAAGACACGCUCUCAUAACGCUAAAAACGCGAGACCGGAUGUGUGGCCUGGGCAGUGUGCAAAAGGAUUAAAUAAAUGUGCUGGCUCUGAGAGUCCAAUACCUAAACCGUCGUGUUUUUGUAAAAGAAUGCUUGGAUCGGACUACCAUUGCAACCAUAUCGCCACUCAUUCAUAGAGGCUUGCUAUCCUCCUCAUUGUAAGCUACAAAAUGUAGCUAAUCAGUGGAGGAAAUGCAAGAGUAAAUAUGAGUAAUGCAGUAAAUAAAUAUACUUCUUAUAUUAUUUUAAAAUGUUUUAUACUUUCAAAUAUUUUCACCUGUGCACUAAUUUUGUCAAGUCUAUAUCCUUUCUCUCUUAAUCGGUAUUUUGAAAAUGCAGCAAUCCUGUUUUUGCAUAGAGUCAUUCAAAUUCUGAAAGCUAUAUGGCAAUAACUUCCUUUACUAAAAAACUAAAGUCAAUAAAUAUUCUGGUAACGCAUAAUGAUCCCGCUUAAAAUCCUGUUUUUUUUUUGUUUUUUUACUUUUUUUAAUAGUAAAGAUUGAUAACAAUCAUUUUUUUAUAAACAACUUGGAAAAAGUUACUGAGUACGUUACCACUUUUCAGACAUAUUCGCAUGAAGGAUUUUAUGAUAUAUAUAUAUUAUAUAUAAAAAGGGUCUAUAGACUAUACUAUUUAUAAAUGUUAUAUAUUUACACAAGUUGUACAUAAAUGAUGCAGAUUAUAUAAAAAGAGAACUACGUAUAUAAGUA